CCGCACGCCGUCACGCUCACAUCCAUUCCUAUCUCCCUCCCACCAGGAAGACGCCACGCCACCCAUGGCCGCCGCCACCCUCGCUACGCCUCCCCUCCUCCCCACCUCCCCUCCAGCACCACCCCUCACGCGGGCGACGUCGGCGCGCACGAGGCGGACGAGGUCAUUCCUCCUCCGCGCGGCGUGCGCCUACGCGCUCCAGGAGGGCCAGUCCCGCCGCUACCACCGCCUGCCCUGCGGCCUCGACCUCGAGGUCAUUGCCGAGGGCCCCCCGGCCCAGGGCGAGGGGCGCCGGACGCCGCUGGUGUUCGUGCACGGGAGCUUCCACGCGGCCUGGUGCUGGGCGGAGCACUGGAUGCCCUUCUUCUCGCGCGCCGGGUUCCCCUGCUACGCCCUCAGCCUCCGCGCGCAGGGUGAAAGUAGUGUUCCACCGGAAGCAGUAGCGGGCACACUCGAGACACAUACUGGCGAUAUUGCUGAUUUCAUCCAGAAGGAGGUCCCUUUGCCACCUGUACUAAUUGGACAUUCAUUUGGAGGCUUGAUUGUGCAGCAAUAUAUUUCAUGCUUGCAAGAUGUAACUUUCUUGAUUCUAGGUUCAGAACUUCUGCAUCCAAAGCUUGCCGGUGCUGUCCUUGUAUGUUCUGUGCCUCCCUCAGGAAACAGUGGGUUGGUAUGGCGUUACCUUUUGACUAAACCAGUUGCCGCGUUUAAGGUGACACUCAGCUUGGCGGCAAAAGCAUAUGCAAAUUCAUUGUCCCUCUGUAAGGAAACAUUUUUCUCGCCACAAAUGGAUGAUGAACUUGUGUUAAGGUACCAAGCGCUAAUGAAGGAGAGCUCAAAAUUGCCACUUUUUGACUUAAGGAAGCUAAAUGCAUCAUUGCCUGUAUCUUCUGUACCAGAUAAUACAGCAGAAAUUCUUGUCAUGGGCGCAAGCAAUGAUUUCAUUGUUGAUUCUGAAGGGCUUUCUGAAACUUCAAGAUUUUACGGGGUGCAAUCAGUAUGUGUGGAAGGUGUAGCACACGAUAUGAUGUUAGAUUGCUCGUGGGAGAAAGGAGCUGGAAUAAUCUUGACGUGGUUAGAGAAACUCACACCAUGAUUGAACUAAUUUUCAGUCCAACAGCCGGGUUUGACAUUUUGGAGCCCUGAUUCUUCUUUAUUUAUUUUUUUUACAUCUGUUGGUAGGGAGUUUCUAGUUGGUGCUUGGAAAUUGCUUUCUAUAUUGUUGUAAUGAAUUAAAUCGUUGAGCAACACAGCUGGCAGAUUCAAUAAUGGUCGCAUAUCCCGAACAGAAGCAUGUAUGAUUGUGGACGCCGGGGACUUGGGUAUCCGAUUUCCAUAUAUUAACUAUGGCUGAGAAUCCAACAUUA